ACCAUCACAUUUCAAUUACGAUAUUUAUCAAAUUAUUCUAAGAUAAGAGGUAGUUUUUUACUACUUAUCUGUGAUACAAAGAAAUGGCUGAUAUGACUUGCUUGAAUGUGAUUGAGAAAUGCAAGAUCUCAGCACCACCCAACUCUGUUGGAGAAAGAUCACUCCCUCUUACUUUCUUCGAUCUUGCUUGGCUUCUCUUCCAUCCGGUUCACCAGCUUUUCUUUUACGACUUCCCGCAUUCAAAAUCGCAUUUUAUUGAAACAGUCAUUCCCAACCUCAAACACUCCUUAUCCAUCACCCUUCAACACUUUUUUCCAUUUGCAAGCAACUUGGUUGUGUUGCCUAAUGCAAAUCAUUCAGGACUUGAAAAACGACCCGAAAUCUUUCAUGUGGAAGGUGACUCCGUGAUGCUUACUUUUGCCGAGUGUAAUCAUCUUGAUUUCAAUGAUCUUAAAGGAAACCAUCCUAGAGAUUGUAACAAGUUUCACCCUCUAGUGCCUCUACUUGAAGAUGCAUUUAAGGUGUCUAGAUUCGUGAAAAUCCCCUUGUUUUCAAUUCAAGUAACAAUUUUCCCAAACAAUGGCAUAACCAUCGGGCUAACAAACCUUCAUGUUCUUUGCGAUGCAAAAACUCGGUAUCAUUUUUUGAUGGCAUGGACUUCAAUAUUUAAAUUUGGAACGGAUGAGUUAUUCUUAGCCAGUGGAUCUUUGCCGUGUUAUGAUAGAGUGGUGAUCAAAUACCCAAAUUCUCUUGAUGAAAUUGUGUUGAGUCGACCGCAAGUUCAAACUCUUGGUGAAACAUACAAGGCACCUCAAUUAGCUCCCCUGCCUGACAAAGUACGAGCAACAUUUGUGUUGACCCGUUCGCAAAUUAACCGGGUAAAGAAAUGGCUUCUAGUUCAACUUCCAAAACUAGAGUAUGUAUCAGCAUACACGGUGUGUUGUGGUUACGUUUGGAGUUGCAUAGCAAAAUCACGUCUUCAAGUUGAAGGAAAAAAGGGCGAGUAUGAGCUAGAACGGUUUGUUUGUAUCAUAGAUUUGAGAGCUCGUUUGGAUCCACCCGUUCCUCAAACUUAUUUUGGGAAUUGUCUCAUUGUAUGUUCGACCCCAACUAAUACCUCUUUGCUAACAGGAAUGCAAGGGUUUUCUAAUGCGGUUGAAGUAUUAGGAACAUCGAUAAAGAAAACCAUAAACCAUAAGGAAGGAGUGCUUAAAGAGGCAGAGACAUGGCUUAAGAAGUCUCAUGUUCGGGUUCCCACAAUAGGUGUGGCAGGAACUUCAAAGCAGAAUGUUUACAAUCUUGAUUUUGGGUGGGGGAAUCCCAAAAAAUAUGAAACUAUAUCACUUGAUUAUAAUGAUUCGAUAUCUCUCAAUGCGAGCAAAGAUUCACCCGAAGACAUUGAAAUUGGUGUGUGCCUUCCUGCUAAACAAAUGGAUGCCUUCCUUACAAUAUCUAGAAAUGAAUUAGAAAGCAUACUUGCUAAUUACCAAGAGUGAGUUACGAUUCAUCGAUCUGAUCACUUGUCAUUAUGUUCUUGUUCAUUUGCUUAUCUCCAAUUCAAAUGUUGUGUGCUCAUCUGAAAUGUGAAUAGUUACCUAUUUAAGCUAUGUCACUUCUUAUAAUUUACAAUUAAAAUUAAAGUUGCCAUUAAUAAAUUCGAAUAUCUUUCUAGUAAA